GAUACAGCCACAGAGGUCGUUACUGUAGAUAAAGUGGAGCUGACAGAUUUCUGUCUCGAUGACCUGCAGGUGAACUUUGAUGACAACAACCCGUUCAGCGAGGGUUUCCAGGAGAGGGAGAGGAGGGAGAGGCUGAGGGAGCAGCAGGAGAGGCAGAGAGUUCAGCUCAUGCAGGAGGUGGAGCGCCAUCGAGCCUUGCAGCAGAGACUGGAGCUGGAGCAGCAAGGCCUCCUGGGAGCCUCAAUGGGUCCUGGAGCCGGAGCUCCGUCGGGGGCUCGAGUCGGGCAGACACCGGGACCUGGGGGUCCUGCUGGGUCAGCACCUGUCUCAGGAGGGGACGGUCUCUCCCAGAUGCCUUUCUUCAGUUCUGAACUGCCUCAGGACUUCCUCCAGUCCCCCCCGGCCUCCAGACCUGCCCCACAGCACCAGGGCCAGACGGGGGCGUCAUUCCCCCAACAGGCAGGCCUCCACCAGGGCUUCCCAGGAGGACCCCUGCACCCGGGACCUCAUCCGGCUCCAGGUCUGCAGUCUGGGGCCACAGCUGAGCACGGCAUCGUGGAUCUGGGUCCUUCCAACUUCCAACCCAGACCCAGGUUCUCAGGCCACACCGGGCCCCCGGGGGCCCAGGGACCGGUACGACCGGCAGGAAUGACCCCCUCCAAUCCUGGUCAGGCUCAUCGGUACGGACACGACUCCUCCUCUUCCUCCCCCUCUACCCCCUUUCCCCCCUCCUUCCCCUGCUCCUCCUCUGGCCCCGCCUCCCUCGCCCAGCUCUACUCUGACAUCAUCCCUGACGACAAACCAAAGAAGAAGCGGAGCAGGAAGAGGGACGGGGACGAUGGUGGAGGAGGAGCCAGGACGCCGCUGUCCUCGUACUCUGAUGACAUCACAGCUCCGCCCACUCCUGCUGUCUCAGACACUUCCUGCUCCACGCCCACUCGGGGCAGCAUGGACCAAUCAGAUCUCUCCUUCUCUCUAAGCUCCUCCCUCUGCGCUCUGGCUCCGUCCUCGGAGUUGGAGAGGCAGCUGUCCGUCCUCUCUGCAGCCCAGCAGAGAGGCUCCGUCCUGGGCAUGGAGUCUCUGAGAGGUCCCCCGUCUGCAGCUCGUCUGGAGGUCAAGGAGGAGCGUGAGGAGGGAGGUGCGUGUGGGGGAGGCGUGGUGAAGAUGGAAGACGGUGGAGUUGGGGGAUUUUCCUCCCCCUCUCCUCUCCAUGGGGGAGACGGAGGGAAGGAGCUGCUCAGACACCUGCUGAAGGACAAGACGUCGCCGGCCGCCACGCCAUCGCCCACCGGCCAAGCCCCGCCCUCCGCCCGCCGCCAGCUGUCCAAUGAGAGCGCCCGGUCCGAGGAGGAGGACAGACCUGGUUCCCAUGGCAACAUGGUGAACAGUCCAGACCUCCUGGACUCCUCCGGCAGGAAGAAGACGACUCAGCGUUGCAAGAGACCAGCUCGGCCGGAGAAAGACCGAGCUCCUCCUAAAAACAAGAGGAGGAAGAAAGAGGAAGAGGAGAAGACGCUUCACUCCUCCACCACCUCCUUGGACCAGCUGACUCACCUCACACAGCUGUCUGUGCUGCCCCUCAUGGAGCCGGUUCUGGGGGUGGACCUGAGUCUGUUCCCCCCGUACGGCAGCUCCUCUCUGGGCAGAGACUCCAGACUCACCGGCUCCUUCGGAAACGCCUGCCUGGAUGGAGUCACCGACUACUACUCCCAGCUUAUAUACAAGGUAGUGCAGCUCAUACGGCAGCUCAUACAGCGGGUAGUGCAGCAGCUAGUGCAGCAGCUCAUACGGCGGGUAGUGCAGCUCAUACGGAGGGUAGAUGCAGCUCAUACUGCGGGGUUCCAGUGUAUUCGGAGCGCACAACAGGCUCUCUCGACGUUUUCGUCCCGUCGAUUCGUUCCUGAAGAGCGACGUGUGAUACGGAGGUCAGCAG